GAAUCAGGGGCGCGGUGACGUUUUGCUCCUUGGACUACAAGGGAUUACGAGAAAGGAGAGAUGCUUCCUAGAGAGGAAGGACGUUUGGGAGGGGGAAGUCCUCCAGAGCAAAGGCCCCUCCCCGACCUGCUUUGUGAAUGAUCCUUCGAGAACAGCUGGAGAUUGAUGGGCGGCCCGGGGGCAGCAAAGAGGCUGGCGUGUCUCCCCGUACCGCAGCGACCCGGGCUUGCCGUCGCGUUGUUGCAAGGCGUUCUGAGGUUUGGACGGGAAAGGGGCCACCAGGACUCCAUUCUGGGCGAACAGGGAAGGCCCCGUGGCUCUGCUUUGCCUGCAGAAUGUCCCAGGGUUCAAUCCUCAGUGGCAACUCAAGGAUCCCCACUCGUUUGAGGAAACUUAGCUUUAUGACAGAAAUUGGCAAAAUGGGGAGGCGUCCCCUUUAGCUUGGUUGGAGGCUCCUUGGAGCGCAGAUGGCAGAGGAAAACACGGCAUAGAGAAGCCACUCGUUCCAUCGAAGCAGUGUGGAAUUCUGGGGAAAGAUCUGUGCAGAAUAUCCUGGCUGACAAAAGUCGCUCCCGGCUCAGAAGCGCAUCGCCAGGGUUUCAAGCAGCUCUGCUACAGGGAAGCUGAAAGGCCCUGAGAGGUUUGCAGCUGAGUCAGCCGUCUUUGCCGUGAGUGGCUGAAACCGGAGCAACACACGAAAGAAUCAGAUCCUGGACCUUGGAGCAGUUCCUGGCUGUCCUUCCCGUGGAAAUGGAGAGCUGGGUGAGGGAAUGUGGAGCGGAGACCAGUUCCCAGGUGGUGGCCUUGGCGGAAGGUUUCCUCCUGAGCCAGGCAGAGGAGAAGAAGCAGGAAGAGCGGCAGGCCCUGUUUGCGGAAGAGGCCAUGGGCUUUCAUGAGGCAGAACAGGCCCCAUCGGAUCCCACAGAGAGCCUGGUGUCUUGGUGGAUCAAGCAAGAGGAGGAUGGAGAUGAUGCUUCAUUGGGAGACGGACUGAGGAUUAUGGUGGUGUGUUCACCCUCGUCCCUUUCUUGUGACGCAGCGGAAGUGCCGUCUGUGCAUCUGGAUCAGGUGACUUUUGAGGAUGUGGCUGUGUAUUUCACCGAGGAGGAGUGGAGCUUGUUGGAUCCAGACCAAAGGGCCCUGCACAGGGAAGUCAUGGAGGAGAAUUGGAGGAUGGUGGCCUCCCUGGAAGAGCAAGACUCGGCUGGCCCACGGGCAUCAAAAGAGCCUCUUGCAACCCAGGCUGGGAGCAGUGAGGAAUUCUGGGAAAGGACUGUGCAGAAGGCCCUGGGAGGUGAAAGGCGGGAUGAAGGAGACCCAAACAGGGUGUCGUUGCAAAGAGCCAGGAGGAAGGAACCCUCUGCUUCUCAGGGUGGUGAUGUCUGUGAAAUCUCGGCUAAAGAAAAACAGGACAAGGAGAAAGAGAGAAUUCCAUGCCCCUUGUGUGGGAAAAGGUUCAAGUGGAAAUCGAGCCUCGAUGUUCAUCGUAAACGCCACACGGGGGAGAAGCCAUUUAAAUGCCUGGAGUGUGGGAAGAGCUUCAGUCGCAGCUCAAGUGUUACAUCGCACCAAAAAAUUCACACCGGGGAGAAACCAUAUGAAUGCUUGGAGUGUGGAAAGAGCUUUAUUAGGAGAGACUCCCUUAUUUCACACCAAAGAAUACAUACGGGGGAGAAGCCAUAUAAAUGUUUGGAGUGUGGACGGAGAUUUAACAGGAAAGGAAGCCUUAUCUUUCAUCAAAGAAUCCAUGCAAGGGACAAACCGUAUAAGUGCUUGGAGUGUGGGAAGAGCUACUGUAGAAACUCGAGCCUUAUCUCUCAUCAAAGGAUCCACACGGGGGAGAAACCGUAUCAAUGCUUGGAGUGUGGACAGAGCUUCAGAGAGAAGAAAAGUCUCACUGCUCAUCAAGGAUCUCACACGGGGGAGAAACCGUUUAAAUGUUUGGAUUGUGGACAGAGCUUUAAUAGCAAAGGGAACCUUAAUUUACACCAGCGAAUUCACACAGGGGAGAAACCUUUCAAAUGCCUGGAGUGUGGAAAGAGCUUUAUUAGGAAAGGCGCUCUUAGUUCACAUCAAAGCGUUCACACAGAGGAGAAACCAUUUAAAUGCCUGGAGUGUGGAAAGUGCUUCCGGAAAAAUUCAAACCUUCUUUCACAUCAGAGCAUUCACACAGGGGAGAAGCCAUUUAAAUGUUUGGAGUGUGGAAGGAGCUUCACUAGGAGAGGCACCCUGAAUUUGCAUCAGCGAAUUCACACAGGGGAGAAACCUUUUCAAUGCCUGGAGUGCGGAAAGAGCUUUCUUGGGAGAGGCUCCCUUAUUUCACAUGAAAGAAUUCACACAGGCGAGAAGCCAUUUAAAUGCUUAGAGUGUGGAAAGAGCUUUAUGAGGAGAGACUCUUUUAUUUCACAUCGAAAUAUUCACACGGGAGAGAAACCAUACACGUGUUUGGAGUGUGGAAAAAGCUUCAGGCAGAAGAGCAAUCUCACUUCUCAUGAAGGAAUCCACACAGGGGAGAAACCAUAUCAUUGCUUAGAGUGUGGGAAAAGCUUCAGUAGGAAUGAGAGCCUUAAAAAACAUCAGAGACUGCACAUAGAAGAACUAACUUGGAAUAUAGAAAUACCUACCAUGGAAACGCCAAUAAAUGGAGGAACCAUGCAAAUGCUUGGAGUGUGGGAAGACCUUCAGCCAGAGUACAAGGUUCACAUCGCAUCACCUAGUCCGCACCAGGAUGAAUCUGUUUUCGGCUUCCAUCUCCAGGGCCUGAUUUCCCCCAAAAACAGACUGAAUGGCGGAGCCCGCCCCAUGCGCGCGGGGAAGCUGGCCUUUCUCCUCCGCGCCCAGGAGGACCUGUUGAGCCCCCAGCCACGCUUGUCCACUUGGGUGAAGGGACAGAAAGAGAGAGAGAGAGAUGCCCAGCGCCACCGGUUCAGGCAGUUCUGCUACCAGGACGCUGAGGGCCCCCGAGAGGUUUGCACCCGACUCUACGAUCUCUGCCAUCAGUGGCUGAAACCAGAGAGACGCACGAAGAAUCAGAUCCUGGACCUGGUGGUCCUGGAGCAGUUCCUAGCUGUCCUACCAGCAGAGAUAGAGAACUGGGUGAGGGAAUGUGGAGCAGAGACCACUCCUCAGGCAGUGGCCCUGGCCGAAGGUUUCCUCCUGAGUCAGUUAGAGGACGAGAAGCAGGCAGAACAGAUGUUUCAGGAGCGGGAAGCAGCCACUGAUAUCCCUGAGGUGGAGAAAGUGCCAUGGACGCCAGAAAUAUCAUCUCUGUGGCAGAAAGGAAGCCUCUUCAGUGAAAUUGGAUCAGAAUCUGUUCGCCUUCAAGGAGGUGAUUGUGUAUUUCGCCAAGGAGAAGGGGGCCUGCUGGACACGGACCAAAGAACCCCAUACAGGAAAGUCACGGAAGCAAAUUGUGGGAUUAUGGCUUCUCUAGGCACUGAAAUGACACCGGUGAUCAUCUCUGGGUCGCCUGAUCUUUGGGAUGAAGUGGAAACAGAGUCCAGGAAACGAGAUCAGGGUCUGGUGACCUUUGAGGACGUGGCUGUGUAUUUCAAUGAGGAGGAGCUGGCAGUGUUGGACCCGGAUCAAAGAGACCUACACAGGGAAGUUAUGGAGGAGAAUUUUUGGAAUGUGACCUCUUUGCCAUGGGAUGGAAUCAUGAAGGAGAGGGAGAAGGAGCGAGAAUCGCGUGGGGUAUCAUUGAAAAGAGACAGAUGCAGAGAGCUAAAAGAGUGGAGAAGGGAAAAUGAAGGAAAACAGAAGGGAAGAAAAAGAUCCGUGGCUCAUCAAGAUAGUGACUUCUGGGAAAUCCCGAUCCAAGACAAAAUGGAGAAAGGAAAAGAAAGGAAUAAGUGUCCUGUGUGUGAGAAAAGCUUAAAUUUGAAAAGCUUUAAUGUUCAUUGGAGAAUACACAUAGGGGAGAAACCACUUCGGAAGAGCUUCAGCGGCCAUUUGAGCCUUCAGGCACAUCGAAGAAUCCACAAAGGGGAGAAAGUAUUUCAGUGCCUGGAAUGUGGAAAGAACCUCAGUGGUCAUUCAAGCCUUAAGACACAUCAAAGAAUCCAUAUAGGGGAGAAACCAUUUCAGUGCUUGGAGUGUGGAAAGAGUUUCAGUCAGAAAAUAAACCUCCAUUCCCACCAAAAAAUCCACACAGGAGAAAAGCCAUAUAAAUGUUCUGAGUGUGGGAAGAGGUUCAUUAAGAAUGCAGACCUUACGAGGCACCAGCGAAUUCACACUGGAGAGAAACCAUAUGCAUGCUUAGAGUGUGGCAUGAAUUUUCGUCACAAAUGGACGCUUAAAAACCAUCAGAGACUGCACACGGGGGAGCAACCAUAUAAAUGUGUGGAGUGUGGAAAGAACUACUCUAAUAGCACUAACUUAACUUCGCAUCUAAGAAGUCACACAGGGAAGAAACCAUAUAAAUGCUUGGAAUGUGGAAACAGCUUUCGGAGGAAUGGGGACCUUGCUAGACAUCAAAGAACUCACACAGGGGAGAAACCAUACGUGUGCUUGGAGUGUGGAAAGAGUUUCAGUCAGAACUCCAAUCUACACGCCCAUCAAAGAAUUCAUGCAGGAGAAACCAUACAAAUGCUUGGGGCGUGGAAAGAACUUUGGCCAGAGGAAGCCUAAUGUCAAAGCAAAGAAUCCAUGCAGGAAUUUACACUAGAAGUGUUUGAAGCAAGAACGUCAGGUAUAGUACAAAUAUGUGAAAGCCUUUAAAUAAUGAGAAUAGAUGUUUUCUGACUAAUGGGCUUGUAACAGCUUCAAAUGAAUCAUAAUUACUGGAUGUUCACAUAGGGUUGUAUCCAGUGCUAGCCCUACUCAGAGUAGACCUACUGAAGUCAAUGCACAUUACUAACUUAGGUUCAUUAAUUUCAUGUUCAAAAUACUUGGGAGUUUUAGGAAGCCCAUGAUUGUGUGUUAGCAGCUAACACAAUCCUUUACCAGCUGGUCCUUUCCAGGUGUUUUGGACUACAAGUCCCAUCAUCCUUGAUCACUGGCUGUGCUGAUAGGUGUUGUAGUCAAAAACACAUGGUGGGCACCAGGUUGGCAAAGGCUACUCUGCAUGCUAAGCAGCCCUCCAAUUUUAUUCAAGCCUUUCAUCUUCCAAGGCGCUCUAUCUACAUUCCUAUUUGUUCUAAUAAACAAUUGAUUAUAUUAAAGUUUUGGCUUCUCAUUGUGUGUGUUUCUUCCGCCUAACUUUUAAUUCAAUUUAAUACUUUCAUGGGUAUAAGUGGCCUUAAGAACCCAUUGGAGGGAAAAGCAGGAGCAAAGGGAGAAAAUAUUUAUUGUACUUUAUGUAUUUUAAUUUAUUUUAAUGUUUUUGUGAUUUUACUGUUUACAAUUUUAUCAUGUACGUGCUUGAUUUUAUUUUGUAAGCCGCCCUGAGUGCCCUAUUAUAGGGCAGAAGGGCGGGAUAGAAAUAUUUUAAAUAAAUAAAUAAAA